GUCUUGCCUGCUUAAAAACAAUGGCAAAGGAUUGUCCUUUUUUCACGCCUAACUUCCAUAGCUGAGAAGAAUUGGGGAAGGUAAUUGUGCCCAUCAUGAGGAUCAAAAUGAUCAUGGUAACACAAAUGACAUUGGUGAUAAUGAUGAUGAGGAUGAUGAUUGCUGCAAUUGCAGAUGAUACUAAUGGUGUUUUCAGUCCUUGUGAGGAUUCAAAAGUACAGAAAUCAGAUGGAUUUACCUUUGGUCUUGCAUUUUCAAAGAAGGAAUUUUUCUUCUUUGAUAAUAUUCAGCUUUCCCCCUGUGAUAAUCGCCUUGCCUUAGGUAGUACAAUGGCUCAACUAGCAGUUUUUAGGCCAAAGGUCGACGAGAUUUCUCUUCUCACCAUCAAUGGCAGCAUUCCUGUUAAGUAUUUGCAUCUCUUAAAGUUCUUUAUUUUUACCCUCUUUUUAGAUGGCAAGUGGAAAGAAAUUUUCUAUUGUAUCUUUUACCAUAGACAAAUGACAGAGAUUCUUGCGGCAGGUGGAUCCAUGGUAGCAUUUGCAGGAAGGAAGUAUGCAGCCAGGUCAUUCCCAGCAAUGGUUGCUGAUGACCAAAACACCAUAACUAGUUUCACUUUGGUAUGCUCAUUAAAGAUUGGCUUAUUUCUUCUCUCUUGCUCCGCUGGGAUCACAAUAUGGAGUUUGUAUUUUGCUGUUCCAUAG